CUAUUACAAAUUUCUUCUCAUUCAAAAAAAAAAUAUUUUUUUGAAGGCAAACAUGAAAAUUUUCUCAAAUUUUCCGUUUAAUGUACCCUUGAAAUAAUUCAUCAGAUAUCUAAUUUUCUGUGUUCAUCUUCUUCUUCCCCAUCCAAUGGCUCUGAAUCUCUGCCCUCAUCCUCUCCAAGUUCUCUCUGUUACCCCAGAGAGAAGCCAAAUGGGAAUUCUUAGAAAGAACUCACCUUUACUCAUUUCAUUACAAAAUCUCGGAGGGCAAAGCUCUCCCCUGCUUCAAAGCUACAGUAAUGGAGGAAGCGCUUUUGUCUCUCGUGCAGUCAAAGAAAAGCAGACACAAACUUAUGGAUCGGCCGAAACCGAGAUAUCCGAAACCAAUCCUUCCUCUUCAAAGCUUGUUCUUGUUGUUGGAGGAACUGGUGGUGUGGGGCAGCUCAUAGUGGCAUCAUUGCUAAAGAGAAAUAUCAAAGCAAGAUUAUUGUUAAGGGAUCCUGCAAAAGCAAAAUCCUUAUUUGGCCUCCAAGAUGAGAAUUCUUUGAAGAUAUGGAAGGGAGAUACAAGGAAUCCUGAUGACUUAGAUUCAGCCAUUUUUGAGGGAGUGACGCAUGUAAUUUGCUGCACGGGCACUACAGCAUUUCCUUCCAGGCGAUGGAAUGGAGAAAAUACACCUGAAAGAGUAGAUUGGGAGGGGGUGAGGAAUCUCGUAUCGGCAUUGCCUGAAACAAUUAAGAGAUUUGUUCUCGUCUCAUCUGUUGGUGUCACCAAAUUCGAUGAACUGCCAUGGAGGCUUGGAGUUUUCGGCUGCGAUGACACGGCAAAUGACGUUUGGUGCUUAAUAAGAAAAACCUUGCGUGAACCCAGUGCUAAACCUAUAUCCGUUGAAAUUGCCGUAGUUUGA